AUGCUGACGAUAGCAACCGAUAUGCAAAAGGAUGCAAUGAUACAAUCUCCGGUGAUUUACACUUAAUCUUCAUUAAGAACUGGGAAAACCUCGAGAAAAAGCAAAAUGAUAAUUGAAGACGAUAAUGAACACUUGCAAGUGACUCUCUCCAUGAGUAAAGACUAGAGACUUGAUAUCAAGUCAUUUAUGGAUAAACUGAACUCGAUAAAGUAAAAGAAUGUACAAUCCUUAGCGGAAAGAGCAUCCACCUGCUAGCAAAAUCAAUAGAAGACUCUUGAAAUGUAUUAGAAACAGCAAGCAUUCAAGAUUGGGGAGAUACUCAAUGACAAUCAGAAUAUUUUGCAGCAGAGGAAUAAGAUAAUCAAGACUCAAAGUCAUAAGUUUUUCAUGCCAGUCAAACUAAAUCAGUAGAAUUAAGAAUAGACACAGCAAUAGUAUGAAGGAGCGCGAAAUUUAUAAAGUGCAAAAUUUAACAGUAUGAAUAGUUUGCAGGAUGAUACCUCAAUGCAAAUGACCAGCACUAUCAUCAAAAGAAGAGAUUAGUCAGAGGAGACACUCAAUAGAUUCUUGCUGAUUAAUCAAAGAAAGAGAAUGAAUAUUCAGCACUACUUGAAGAUAGGUGAUGCAAGCAUGGAGCCUCAAUAUCUCAAACUCGGUUCUUACUUUUCUAAAUAGUCCAUAUCAUCAAAAUUAAGACCUGAUCACAUUCUUAAUCCAAUGGUAAAAUACACUGAAUCUGACAUAAUGUGGGUGGCAUAUCUUUAUCUAUUACUGAACUUAUCAGAUUAUAAUCUUCAAACCUAAGAAGGGAUUCCUGACGAUUCUAUGAUAACCUUAAAAUAGUUGAUCCAGUCUCAUGAUUUCGAUUAGGUUGUAGAGUUUCCUAUAAAACUCCACCCUGCUUUCGAAUAUCUGUAAAUGCUUUUGAUUUAUCAAAGAAAGCUAAAAGAUACUUAAUUUAAGCUAUUGAAUAAUGAUACUGAAUGA